AGCGUGGCCGCACUCUGUGACAGAGGCCGGCCUGGUCCCGGGAGGGGCGGCAGCUGCACGGCUUAGUGUGUCGCCCCCUACGGAGGAGGCGACGACGCCGCCGCCAUGUUCACCAAUACUUAACCACAGAAGGAGAGCGCGAGCGGAGAGAGAGAGUAGAGGGGCGCUCGGGACGAGGACCCAGAGGACCGACUGGGACGUCAAGAAGGCAGGCAGUUGAAAAGAGGCGAGGUUAGGCCGAACGAGGGAGCCGUUGAGCAACGGGGGCGCCCCAGAGGCCUGCGGUUGUGUUCACAUCGGAGCGACUUGAAGGGGGAAGCGAGACGUGACGAGACGAGAUAGGACGAGGCCAGGCCAGGCCUGACUUUCCGCUCUCAACCGGAGUCAUCACACCGAUUUUUAAAACUGGAUCGCCCUCAGCCUCAAAGGAUGGCGCAGGAGACCAACCAGACACAGGUGCCCAUGUUGUGCACUAUGGGUUGUGGUUUUUACGGAAACCCCCGGACCAAUGGCAUGUGCUCAGUGUGCUACAAAGAACAUCUACAGAGACAGCAAAGUGGAGGUCGCAUGAGCCCACCAGCUGCUACAUCUGUGGGGCAGGGCUCAAGUGUCACCACUAACAGUUCUUCAGAAAGCUCCCAAGUCCACUGUACAGAAGGAAGCCCAGACAAUGAGGAUAAGACAAGUACUCCUAGUCCGGUCACUCAGCAGAUGACCGCAAUGAGCAUCUCGCACGACGAUGGCAAUGCAGAUCCUGAAAAAGCUGACAAUGAGGAGGAAGAGGAAGAAGAGGAAGAGGGCAAGUCUUCUGGCUCACCUUCAGAAGGCACAGCUGGCACCAGUGAUGGAGAUAUGAAGACACCUGGCAAGGCCAAGAAAAAGAAUAGAUGCUUCACAUGCAGGAAAAAACUAGGAUUGACAGGUUUUGACUGUCGCUGUGGAAAUUUUUUCUGCGGAAUCCACCGCUAUUCAGACAAGCACAGUUGUCCAUAUGACUACAAGACAGAAGCAGCUGAGAAGAUCCGGAAGGAGAACCCGAUUGUGGUUGCUGAAAAGAUUCAGAAAUUGUGAAAGUGGCGCUUUCAGAAAAGAUUAGAGGAAAAUUAAUGUGUAUUGGAUUAUGCACAAGUAUUGACAGCUGAGUAACGGGCAACUGAAGGUUGCCUCAUCUUGGAGUUUCUAAGAUCACCCUACUAACUUAGUAUGUGGGCCAGUAGGAGAUCAUCUGACUGCACCUUGUUGCGUUUGAACCAUCUAACCUUUCGAUUUUGAGUUGGGAUGGGUGUGUCCUUGUAUUUGUAAAGCUUGGAUCUCCAGGAUUUGAUUUUCUCUGCGGUGUGAGGGCUUGACUUGACUAUAAUGGGGGGAAGGGGGGGCUGGGAAAUAAGUGCAAUUCAAAGCACCUAGCUAAAGUAUAAAACAACCAAGACUUUUGUGGAAUACAAGAAAAACUGUUUGACACUGCACAUGUGUGCUCAAGGAAGCAAAUAAUCGACAUAAAGGAGUGGUUGAAACAAUGUGGGUGCAUGCUGAACCCAGCCCCUUACGUGCCUGCUUGAGGUUUGAGUUCAUUCAGAAGCUAAAUGAUUGUUGGACUUCUGCAUCUUUUGCAUUUACACCUCUGUUUAGAGCUGCAGAAAAUUCUAACGUACCGAUGAUAUUGCCACCAAGCCCUGUAUGAACAGCUUCCACUGUUUAGAUGGCCAUGAUUUCUAACCUUAACUCAGUCUUUGUCCGUACACUCUGAUUCUGUAGCUUUCAGAUUGUGCAGGAAAAAUCUACUUGUUCGGCCAAACAUGGGAACAGGUGGAAAUAUUUUGGAGUUGGCAAACUGUUGUCUCUGUUUGGGUCCUGUUUCAAGUCCCAGGGACAAGAAGACUUAAUAAUAGUAAACCCAAUUCAGUCCAGAGAUGGAACUGUCGGGAGUGCCAUUAAAGAGGGAAAAACUGAGUGAUGGAUUUUUCAGGGGGGGAUGGGGGGGAGAGGGGAUUUGGGAGCAAUUGGGAGAGUUGUCUGAAAAGGUAACUUUUUUUUUCUUUCUUUUUUUGAGACAACUGAAUGGCUUGUUAAUUUUCUCUAUUGUUUUAACAAGCAUAUAUUGUAACAGAGGAUUUAUUAAUAUAUUGUACUUAGCUUGGAUUGUGUGACUGUAUUUUUAUUUUUUGUUUUGUGAAGGAAUGGGAUGAACUUUGUGAGCAGGAAGUAGGCAUUUUUUUUCUUUUUUCAAUAAUUUAAACAAAUUCUGGUUAUAUCUGACAUAAUUCUGACUUUUUAAAUUUGAUACUCUCAAGAGUGGUUCUGUAUGGACCUGGAGUAUUGAAUUAUCUACGCUAGAGCUGGUUUUCUACGUCGUCAUCACCAAUCAGCCACUUUUUCAGGCCGUUCUGGGCUCUAUUAAGACAUGGACUUGACUGCAUUGCCGAUCACUUAAAAGUUGCCGUUUUUCUUUUUUUGAUUUUUAUUUUCUCCUCAUUCUGCAAAUAGUUGGCACCACUGGUGUCGGUUCUUGUUCAAGUUGAUUUAGCUCUGUCUAGGAAAUAAGAGACUUCUGUCUUCUUAGGCUGAAUUUAUUUUAAUUUUAGAACUGUAUUCUGUGUAAGAAUGAACAAUAAAAAUUGGAAAAAGUUUAUUUUAAAUUUA